AUGACGAACGCCCGUUGCCCACGCCGACCCCACGCGCUCAUAUCAUUGCUCUCGUCGCCGUGGGAGCUGCAGCGACGAUCCCGCGCCAUGCGUUGGCAAUGUCUCUGCGCGGGUCACUCGGUCCAAGAGGCGCUGCUGUGCAGUCGAGGAACGCGCGCCAAUGCUCGUCGGCUCCGAUUGCCUGGCCGAAGCCAUGGCUCAUUCAGCCAAGGCAGAACCAUAUUGCGCCGGCUGUGUUUUACGGACGGACGGGCGUCGAGGGCAGAGGCGCCAGCGUCUUGUAUGUACUAA